ACUCAAGCGCAGCGACUCCCCCCAAGUGCCGCGGGGCUGAGCCUGGCAGACCCGCGCUGCUUCGAGCCUUUCCCACGACCGCCGUGGCCUUCCAGGGGGCGGGGAGCUCAGCGCCCCUGCCGUCCGACCCCUGCCUGAAGGAGGUGGGUCUCGUGGAGCGCCCCUCUCGGUCAAGUCGCCUCCCCUUCCGGGCUGCGGGCAUUUCUGGAGUUGCUGCUGCUGAAGGGCUUCUUCAUUUGGUGACAAGGCUGCACUGCAGUGCUGAGAUGAGAUGAGCAAUAACCAUGUUUCAGAGAUGAAAAGAAUGUGAAUCCCACUGAGGAAGCCAUAAUGGGUCCCACACAACUUGCUGCACAGAAUCAUGGGAAAAAUACAACAAGUUUAUAUGAGAUGGAGGACAAAAGGUUUGUGCUUUUCCAUGGCUCAGAGAUCCCUCCUGAGCACACAGAAAAUCCUCCCCUGAAAAGGAAGAAAGGGCCUGCCCCCAAGAUGCUUGGUAAUGAGGUGUGCAGUGUCUGUGGGGAUAAGGCCUCAGGCUUCCACUACAAUGUACUGAGCUGUGAGGGCUGCAAAGGCUUUUUCCGCCGCAGUGUCAUCAAGGGUGCCCAGUACGUUUGCAAGAAUGGCGGCAGGUGUGAGAUGGACAUGUACAUGCGCCGAAAGUGCCAGGAAUGCCGGCUGCGCAAGUGCCAAGAGGCAGGCAUGCGGGAGCAAUGUGUCCUUUCUGAAGAGCAGAUACAGCUGAAGAAACUUAAGAAGCAGGAGGAUGUUCAGGCCCGGAUGGUAGUUGUGCGGCAGAACCCACCGUCUCCUCCCAGCACCCUUCUCAAAAUGACACCUCAGCAGCUUGACAUGAUAGAAAAGCUUGUGGCAGCUCAGCAGCAGUGCAACCAGCGCUCCUUCACAGACAGGCUCAAAGUGACGCCAUGGCCUCAAAUUUCAGACCCCCAUCAUCGUGAAGCACGACAACAACGCUUUGCUCAUUUUACAGAGCUUGCAAUAAUUUCAGUACAGGAGAUUGUAGACUUUGCUAAGCAGCUGCCGGGUUUUCUGGAGCUCACCAGGGAAGAUCAGAUUGCUCUCCUAAAGAUGUCUACAAUAGAGGUGAUGCUGUUGGAGACAUCUCGACGCUACAGUCCAGAAACAGAAAGCAUCACUUUUCUGAAGGAUCUGAGUUAUAAUCGGGAUGACUUUGCCAAAGCAGGCCUGCAGUUUGAAUUCAUUAACCCCAUAUUUGAAUUUUCAAAAGGAAUGACUGAACUACAGCUCAGUGAUGCUGAAUAUGCACUUUUAAUUGCAAUCAGCAUAUUUUCUGCAGACCGACCCAACGUUCAGGACCAGCCUCUAGUGGAAAGGCAGCAGCAUACCUACGUAGAGGCUCUUCAUUCUUACAUUUGUAUCCAUAGACCAAACGAUCAUCUAAUGUUCCCACGAAUGUUAAUGAAACUGGUUAGUCUUCGGACUCUAAGUAGCGUCCAUUCUGAACAGGUGUUUGCUCUCCGGUUACAAGACAAGAAGUUGCCACCACUCCUAUCAGAGAUAUGGGAUGUCAGUGAAUGACAGCGUUCCCCAUGGGCACUGACCCUCUAAAGUAAUCCCCGUUGCUUACCUUUUGCUAACAAGAAGUCAUCCUUUCCAUCCUUGCCUUGGUCUUGCAGAAGCAGGACAAACAACAGAAACACCUCAACAUGGUAGAGAUGAAGAAUCCUCAAUAAUUCCUCUGGUGCCUUUCGUCUUCCAUGCACUUGUACUGAGAUGUUGAUUUGGACUGCCAUCCAGGCACAUGAAGAGCCUUUUGAGGGGUUUCAAAAGCACGGCCCCUUGUGUAUCCACUUCAUGAAUGAACUUCCUCUGGAAUGAAUGUACUUAGUAGAUUCUGCCAUUCACAAAAAUUAAUAGUGAACUGCAAAUAGAUAAGAACAUUUGUGGCAUUUCUUCUUUAUGAAUUUUCAUUUUUAAAGGGGUUGCUGCUUUCUGGAAGGUGGAACCACAAGUGCCAUUUUUUUGUAGAAUUCUUGGAAGGGGGGCUGUGGGUUGGGAAAGCUACUAAACAAUAGAGAAAAGUACUCAUCAUCUUUCUCAGUCAUUUUCCUCCUGCUCCAAGUAUCUAACUAUCACUGUGAUAUUUUAGAGUUCAGCUUCAUGUACAACUUAAAUGUGCUGGAGAGACAUGUUAUUGUAGUUGUCUGUCAUGUACAACUGCUUCAAAUGUGAUGGUGUACACCAUGUGUAUACAACGUAACUUGGGCAAUGUGGUCCUAUGCAUAUUUACUCAAAAGUACUCUCAAGUAACUAUACAUAGGAUUGUAGUCCUAAUCUGUAACCUGUUAAUUGGAAAGCAUGUGUUCUUGCAAAUUAGUGCAGCUCCAACAUAAGCCUGUUAAUACACAUUGUACCUAUGUAAUCUGCACGGAACAGCAGGCUUGCUGGCAGCCUUCUGCCCUGGGCUGUGCUCUGCUGUCACAUGCUGCUCUAUUUCUAUUUAAGCAAAAACAGUUGGUUGCAUCUCUGUUUCUUCAGUUUCAAUAAAAGUGAUAAUAUGAUAAAUGUC